AGGAAGCGGCUCCGUGACACACGCACACACGUUUUUACCUUGUGUCACCUAUUUAUAGCAAAACUUUUCAAAGUAGAAGCAGCGCUCUUCUGUGUGUGUUUUCAAAGCGCGCGCGUGCCGACGUUCUACAGGAAUAUUAAGACGUUUUUACAUGUAUGAAGUGGACUUUUUUUCACCGAGCCGACACUUUUAAACUUUUUUUUUUUUUUUACUUUUUCCCCCCCAAAGUUUUUAAUCCGGUGUGGCUAUGGCUGGUGUGAGACGGGGCCUGGUUUUCUGCCUGACCGUGUUCCUGGCGGCGCUUUGUGAGUCGGCGGAGCAGCAGCGGACCCUCAGCGGCUUCCGGCGGCUCUACGUCCUCCAGCCGGGCCCCGGAAAGGACGGCGGGCUCAGAGUCAGCUCCAUCUCCACCCAGCAGGGCGCUGCGGGACUCCCUCACACCUACAACGUGGAGAUGAGCGCCGGCUUCGGCGGAGGCCACGUCCGGACCCGCAGGAUGGGGACCCAGGCGGCUCCAGCGCCGCACUUCAUUCAGCAGAAGCAGCUCGUCAAACUGUCAGGGGUGAAUGUUUGUGGAGGGCAGUGCUGUCAUGGAUGGAGUAAAGCUCAGGGAUCACAGCGGUGCACAAAGCCCAACUGCAUCCCUCAGUGCCAAAAUGGAGGAAUGUGCCUCAGGCCUCAACUCUGUAUCUGCAAGCCUGGCUCAAAAGGGAAGGUAUGCGAACAGAAGACGCUGCCCACCCACCCUUUUCCAGCAUUGCCUGAGAAUGGGUCCACAAACGGACACACCACCGAUCACACAAAUGGGCACAACACCGGCCACGCUAAUGGACACAAUGUGGUACCCCAGCGACCAAUACCUCAGCAAGUUCCCCCUCAGGGACACGCUCCUGCAACCCCUCCAGCUAACAGCAUGGCUCAGAUGAGACUAACUGUUAAGCAACCUCCCCAGUUUAUACGACCCCAGUACAUCCAACAGCACAUCCAACAGCAGAUUCGGCCCAUGCCCAUGCACCCAGCUCAGAGUCAGCAGUAUGUUAUCAAUCCCAAAUACUACCACACACAUACGCAGACUCGUGUCCAGUCCCAACCAGAGAGACCAAUUCCUCUUACGGUGGGACACAAUUCCAUCCAUGCAGGCAACAAUACAAGAAGGAUCAAGGUGGUCUUCACGCCAACUAUCUGCAAACUAACCUGUGUGGGAGGAAGAUGUCACAACAACUGCAAGCAGGGAAACACUACCACCAUCAUCAGUGAGAAUGGCCAUGCAACAGACACUCUGACAGUUCCAAACUUCAGAGUAGUGGUGUGCCAUUUGCCAUGUAUAAAUGGUGGCAAGUGCAGCGCCAGGGACAAGUGUCAGUGCCCAACCAACUUUACUGGAAAGUUCUGCCAGAUGCCCGUUAAGAAUGGAAUCCAGCAACACCAGCAGACUUCAGGUGGCUACAGCCAGGCUCAGGUCCAUUCCACUCACACGCUACCUUUGACCUACAGCAAUGGGCAGAAUCCUGCAUUCAGCCCCAGCUUUGUCAAUAUCCACAUCAAGCAUCCUCCAGAGGCCUCUGUUCAGGUCCACCAGGUCUCUCAGCUGGACAAUUACCACAACAAUGGCCAAAAGCUGAAAGGUUCCAAAUCAGGCUCAUCUUCAUCCACCAGCUACAGCUACCACCACACGGAAAGCAGUCAGAAGAUUCAGCACCACGGCUACAACAUAGUCUAUCCCAGCCAGCAUGGUUACCAGGUUUCCCAGUACCAGCCCGUCACUUUCAAGAACCAGCUUGGCCGCUGCUUCCAGGAGACCACAGGGAGUCAGUGUGGGAAGGCUCUGCCAGCCAGUAAACAGGAGGACUGCUGUGCGACCAUCGAACAUCUUGGGUUCCACAACUGUCUCAAGUGUCCAAAGACACCAUCCAUCCCCCUGAUAGAUUGUCCACAAGGUUAUAAGCGUGCCAACAGCUCUCAUUGCCAAGAUGUAAAUGAGUGCCAGCUACAAGGUGUGUGUCCUAACGGAAACUGUCUGAACACCAUCGGCAGCUACAGGUGCACAUGUGACCCCGGCUACAUCCCCGACCCCACGCUCUCCAUGUGCAUAUCCAGCACUCCUGCCAUCCAAGAGGAAAAGGGCGCUUGCUUCCGUUUGGUCAGCUCAGAGAGGCAAUGUUUGCACCCAGUGUCUGCCCAGCUGAGCAAGCAGCUCUGCUGCUGCAGCGUGGGCAAAGCCUGGGGUCCUCGCUGUGAAAAAUGCCCCCUUCCAGGAACAGCAAAGUUCAAAGACAUCUGUCCUGGUGGGAUGGGAUAUACUGUUCUACCAAAUCCACCAGUUAAUAAGCCAGGAAAGGUUUACCAAGGGAUCACUGGACCACUGAACCCACAACCCCUGCCCACACCUGAGAGACCAGUGGAAGCUUUUGGGAAACCAGAUGAGAUUUUGCCAGUCGUGACAUCGUCACCAGAUCAGGAGCUGCUAGUUCCUGUGGUUAGUAAUAAACCAGUAGUUGAAUCUGUCCUCUCCCAGCUGUCUCCUGGUUUGUCCACUGUCAAGAUGGAGGCAACAUUCCCAGAGGUUUUUGAGAGGACCUCUCCUCCUGCACCUGUGGAGAUCCUCCCAUCUAACGCUGGCCAGGACAUUGCUCCUACACAGUCUGCUGAGGUGGAUGAAUGCCAGAUCAACCCUUACAUUUGUGGUCGGGGGGUUUGUUACAACACGGCUGAAGGAUAUACCUGCCACUGUGAUGAUGGCUACCGCUUAGAUGACACCCAGACCACCUGUGUAGAUGUAGAUGAAUGUUUGGACAAUUCAUUUUUGUGCUUUGGCGGUCGCUGCAAGAACACUGCAGGCAGUUUCCUUUGUGUGUGUCCAUUUGGAUUCCUUGUCGAUGAGGAAGGAACCAGUUGCACUGAUAUUGAUGAAUGUCAAAACAAGACAAUAUGCCCAUCUGGUAUCUGCUUCAAUGUGCCUGGUGGCUACAACUGUGGCUCCUGCCCUCAUGGGUUUUUGCCACAAGGAGGACAGUGUGUAGAUGCCGAUGAGUGUCAGGAUGAGCAGAUUUGUACCAGAGGCCACUGCCAAAACACAGAAGGUUCCUUUAUCUGUCACUGUGGGCCAGGCUUCAGGGUGUCACCAGCUGGUGACCAGUGUAAUGAUGUAGAUGAAUGUGUUGAAGAAGCCAGGCCCUGUGACUAUGUAGGACAGUGUGUUAACAACAUGGGCUCGUACACCUGUAACUGCCACCAGGGUUUUCGACAGGUCAAUGAAACCCGCUGCCGAGAUGUUGAUGAGUGUGCGGAUGAUCCAGAGCUCUGUUCUCCUCACGGCGACUGUCUGAACACUGAGGGAUCCUACAUAUGUGUGUGUGAGACUGGAUUCACUGCCAACCUCCAUGCACUCUCCUGUGACGAUAUUGAUGAGUGCAGCCUGAAUGAGACAAUCUGUGGCCCUCACGGCUACUGUGAGAACAGACUGGGUUCAUUCCGAUGUCUCUGUGAUCAGGGCUACCAGGAGGACCAGGAAGGCCAGAGCUGUGUGGAUAUAAAUGAGUGUGAACUGCUGAGCAGUGUGUGUGGUGAAGCCCAGUGUGAGAAUAUUGAGGGCUCCGUUCUUUGUACAUGUCCCAGAGGUCAGCAAUAUAACCCUACAAUCGCCAAGUGUGAGCCUGUUCCCACAGUGUCUUCAGUGGAGCGUAAGGAGUGCUACUAUCACCUGAAUGACGAGAACCUGUGUGAGAGUGUGCUGACCAGCCAUGUCACCCUGCAGGAGUGCUGUUGCACACUGGGAGCUGGCUGGGGCGACAACUGUGAGGUCCACCCCUGUCCUGUCAAUGGCACAGAUCAGUUUGACCAGAUGUGUCCAUCUGGAAGAGGUUUUAUCCCUAAUGGAGACUUGUUGUAUGGAGGUGAUGUCUCUGACAGCUACAAAAAUGCAGAUGAAUGCACAUUGUUUGGUCAGGAGGUGUGCAAAGGAGGCUUCUGUCUGGAUACUCUGGGCAGCUAUGAGUGUUACUGUAAGACUGGCCAAGACUACGACCCUGCCAGACUGGAGUGCAUAGACAUCAACGAGUGUCUGGAUGAGUCUGUGUGUGUCGGAGGACAGUGUGUGAACACAGAUGAUUCAUACCUUUGUUUCUGCACACCUCCCAUGGUGUUGGACCCCCAAAACAACCGUUGUGUCUUCAUAUCUGACAUGCCUGGACACCGUGAGGUGGAGCACAUAGAUUUCCAGGGAAUUUGCUGGCAGACAGUGACAGAAACCAUGACCUGCACACAGCCACUGGGUCUCAACAGGAAGACCACUUACACGGAGUGCUGCUGUCUGUACGGAGAGGCCUGGGGCAUGGACUGUGCCCUGUGUCCACCCAGAAACACUGAGGAUUAUGCGUCUAUGUGUAACCUGCCAAUAAAUGGUGGCCGGCGGCCGUACGGCCAUGACGCACUUGUUGCUGGCCCCGUCCAUGAAUAUGAAGUCAGCCCGGACUACUCAGAGUCAGCUGAGCAGCACGCUGUACUGCCUCCGUACCACAGCGAGGAACAUCAAUACAGAUCAUUUGAGGGUUUGCAAGCAGAGGAGUGUGGGAUACUGAAUGGCUGUGAGAACGGACGGUGUGUGCGGGUUCAAGAGGGAUACACCUGCGACUGCUUCGAUGGCUACACCUUAGAUCUGUCCCGCAUGGCCUGCAUUGAUGUGAAUGAGUGCUCAGAGCUCAACAGCCGGAUGUCACUUUGUAAAAAUGCCAAAUGUAUCAACACGGUGGGUUCGUACCAGUGUGUGUGUCUGCCGGGCUUCACUGCCUCCGACAAACCCAACUACUGUGUGGAGUCAAAAACAAACCACACAUCAACACAUGCACAGUGACCACCAGCGGAUACUAGGGGGCGACAAAAGAGCAUAAAUCCACACACAUGGGUUCAUAUUAAAUAUAUUGUUGAGGAUGCCUGCAUGACUGACUGGUUUCCAGAUUCCCAGUAACGGUCAGUGUACACGCUUUUUUUGUUAAAGGGAAUGAUAGCAUUCCCAAAUCCCAAAGGCUGUAUAAAUUCUAAUUAACAUUCAGUAUUGAUAUUCUAGAUUGAACAUCAGCAUUGUAAAACUAAAUCCUAAAUCAUCCUUGACUUUAAAGUGGCUUUAAAUGAAACCUCGCGAAAAACUUCUCCGUGCAAUAAGCUAACUCCUCAGAACGGAACAGGUAUUAGGUCAUUUCCUUAAUAUUGACAUACUAUGGUAAUUUCUUAUUUUCCCUCCUCACAUUAGUUAUGAAUGCCUGAUAUAUUUUCAUUUCAAAUCACACUGUGUGCACAAAUUAAGUUUAGGUUUCCUCAAACUCAUCAUGGUCAUCAGAGUCGGUCAGCUUGGAAAAAGCUACCACAACUGUGUCAGUACAGAAGUAGGUACACAUUAAUCCAUUCCCUGAAUUUAACUGGAUUGUGUUUAUUCCUAAAUUCAUGUCUUGUUUGGUCAUGUAUUUUUGCUGUUGUUGUUUCAAUUCUCAUUCAAUCUUUGCAGACCGGCUAUGGCUCAAAAUGAUUUUAUUGGAAGAAUUUCUUAUUUUUUAAUUGAUGUCUAUAAAUUAUUAAUCCCAAGGAUAAAUUAUUCAAAUGAAAACUGUUACUAAUUUCUUGGGUUUGGGUAAUGGUGAGAAUAAGACUUACUGGUCGGUAAAGGUGGUUACAGAAAAGUUUUUUUGAAGAAAAGUUGAACCGGUUAUAUGCUUCCUGUUUUCACAUAAUGGUGUUUGUUUAGAGCAGUGGUUGUUCAUGUCCUCUCAAAUUACAGCGGGAACAUUCCAAGUGAAUUCAGUGCCUUGACAUCCCAUAAUGUUUAUAAAUAAAUAGUAAAUGGACUGCAAUUAUAUAGCACUUUUCCAUCUGCAUCAGGUGCUCAAAGCACUUUACGCAUCAAUGCCUCACAUUCACCCCGAUGUCAGGCUGCUGCCAUGCAAGGCGCC